CUUUGCCCCGUUGCACACCACCACUACUACUAUGGGGUGGCUUUGCGUCGCCGUGGCAACAUGCGCGCUAGUGUCGCGCUGUGUCAAAGGUAAAGUGCUGGAACGCCAUGUGUUGUUGUUUGCCGCUAAGUUAAAAGUACAAUGUGUUUUAUUUUCAAGUUGGCAGUUGGCUGAUCUUUUGUUCUUAGGUGACAACUGGUGGUGGAAGUAUGAAGAAGGAAUACGACACUACAGUAAGGAAGCCCUCAAUAAGGAGUUUCCUGAAAAAAUUCGCCCUGUCGGCUUCAAGCACCCCGCCUUCCAAUGCCCUGACAUGAGCCCCUCGCUUUCUACCCCGUCCUCAGUGGAGUUUGUAAAAGCAGGUGACAUCAAAGUAGUUGCCGCCUUGGGUGAUUCACUCACGACGGCCAUCGGCGCUAAUGCCACCACCGUGCUGGGCAUUCCCAUCGAGUUUCGCCACGUUUCCUGGAGCAUCGGCGGUUUCGGCUCAUACGAGGACGUCAUUACUUUGCCGAACAUCAUCAAGCUUUUCAAUCCCAGAGUGCUUGGCGCCGCCCAGGGGAAGACGAUACACGGGAUGGAAGCCCACCUGGGGCAAACGGGGCUCAACUUGGCAGUCACGGGGCAAAACACUUUCAAUCUUCCCGGCCAGACCAGACAUUUAAUCGACACCCUCAGAAGUUAUGAGGUAAAACGAUACUCGUUUUCAAAAGUAAUGGGACAAAACAAGUUUAUUUUUUUAAAUUUAUGUAUCGACAAGGGUUUGAAUUUUGAGAAAGAUUGGAAGCUUCUGACCAUUCUCAUGGGCAUGAAUGACAUCUGCGACUAUUGUAAAGACAAGGCUCUGUUCUCUGCCGACAACUUCAUGCACUACAUGGCGGUCUCCUUGGAAAUGCUUAUGAAUGAGGUUCCCCGCAUGAUCGUCAACGUGGUACAAAUCCUUCCCAUGCAAACGCUACGGGAGGUGCAGAAGCCCACACCGGGUUGCCUUCUCCAGCGCUCCUUCUGCUCGUGUCUGAUCGAACCAGUGAGUCGGUCUGCAGAGCUACGAGAGCUGGUGGAAAUUAAUCUGGAGUUUCAGAGAAAACUGGAAUCAUUGCUGCUCACCGAUCGCUUCUUCCGCGACGACUUCGCAGUGGUUCUGCAGCCCUUUUUAAAGCAGGCCGACCCUCCUCGCCUUCCCGUAAUUCACGACGUCACGACAUCGUCACGCUUCUCCUCCUUAACGUUUCAUCUCUCCGAGCAGAGCGGCAAGAUCGACAUGAGCUUCUUCACCCACGACUGCUUCCACUUCACCAUCAAAGGCCACGAGGAGUUGGCGAAAGGCCUGUGGAACAACAUGUUUCAACCUGAAGGAAGAAAAACGGUUGUGAGCAGUUUUUCCGACCCAAUCACUCUUGUUUGUCCACCCACGGACCACCCAUACAUCUUCACCCGACCUCCCUCAGCUCGCUCCGAUCAAAGUCCCUCUACCCCCUCGACGGCAGUCGUCUACAUCCUGUCGGCCAUCGUAGCGUUCGGGCUUCGUGCUUUUUUGUAGGUGCUGACAACUUUCAAGUAAGUGUUUUCCGUUUUCAUGGAAAGACAUUAAUAAGCUUUUCUUUUUUUGAAUUACUGUUCAUAUUUUGUCAACGCUGACUUCUUAUGUUUGCAAAAUGUGUCUGUUUCUUGUAAAGACUUUAACAACAAAUAUACUGUAUUUCUAAAGCUGUAUUUGCGUGACUUUGUUUGAAAUCAUAAUGCUAGAGGAGCACUCUGAGAAGAUUUACGUGUAAGCCAGUGCUUCUCAAUUAUUUUCUGUUGCACCCCCCCAGGAAAAUGUAAAUGUUUCGCGCCCCCCACAACUCUCUGCCGCCACUGUAAAUAGUAUCAUUUGUCUAUAAAAUUAUUAUAAUGACAACUCUGCCUAACGUUGUGUCCUUAUUUUCUCCUACGUAAGUAUACAGUGAUCCCUGGCGACUUCGCACUUCAAACUUCGUGCCCUCAGUCGAUCACAGAUUUUUUUUUUUCCAAUAAUAAAAAAUAAAUAAAUUCACAUGAGCUUUCCCCUUCCGAUCACGUAGUCUCACCCUCCUUCAUGCGGCUUUUGUGCUUAUUAGAUUUAACAAUGAUUGCCAGACGUUAACGUUUGAUCUUGCCAGAGACUCUUGCGAACUCAAACUUCAAAAACUUCGCAUGCGUCAAUCAUUGUUCGACCUGUUAAACAGUUGCUGUGGCAACUUGUGUGUAAUCGAGCAGCUUGAGCGGAUUUGAGUGGACUCAACCAAUGAAGCAUUUUAUAAAGAUGAGCAUUUAUCUACUUUGUUCUUGUUUAAAAAUAAUUCGAUGAGAUAGGAACAUGUUUAAAACUUAUAAUAGUUAUUAAAUUUGAAGUGCUUAAAAAAAUUAUUCACAUAUCUAUAUAUAAUAUAUAUAUAUAUAUAUAUAUAUAUAUAUGGCGGAAAACACUAAGGUGACUUGCAGUUCUGCUCUGAGACCCCCAA